AUGCGCUGCCCCAAGUGCCUUCUCUGCCUGUCAGCACUGCUCACGCUCCUGGGCCUCAAAGUGUACAUCGAGUGGACAUCCGAGUCCCGGCUCAGCAAGGCCUACCCUGGACCCCGGGGCACCUUGCCAGGCCCCACGCUGGCCAACCCUGAGCCCACCCUGCCCGCCAACCUCUCGGCCCGCCUAGGUCAGACUGGCCCACUGCCCUCGGCUUACUGGAACCAGCAGCAGUGGCGGCUGGGGACCCUGCCCAGUGGGGACAGCGCUGAGGCAGGGGGCUGCCAGACUUGGGGGGCUGCUGCCGCUGCUGAGAUCCCUGACUUUGCCACCUACCCUGAGGACCUCCGCCGCUUCUUGCUGUCAGCAGCCUGCCGGAGCUUCCCACGGUGGCUGCCCAGAGCUGGUGGUGGCCAAGUGGCCGGCUGCUCGGAUACCAACGUCCCCUACCUGCUGUUGGCUGUCAAGUCAGAACCAGGGCGCUUUGCGGAACGACAGGCCGUGAGGGAGACGUGGGGCAGUCCAGCUCCUGAGAUCCGGCUGCUCUUCCUGCUGGGGUCCCCCGUGGGUGAGGCCGGGCCUGACCUAAGCUCACUGGUGGCCUGGGAGAGCCAUCGCUACGGGGACCUGCUGCUCUGGGACUUCCUUGAUGUCCCCUUCAACCGGACACUCAAAGACCUGCUGUUGCUGGCCUGGCUGGGCAACCACUGCCCUGAUGUGACUUUUGUCCUGCAAGUUCAAGAUGACGCCUUUGUGCAUACCCCAGCCCUGCUGGAUCACCUGCAGGCCCUGCCACCCACCUGGGCCCGGAGCCUCUACCUGGGUGAGGUCUUUAACCAGGCCACACCCCUCCGGAAGCCUGGAGGACCCUUCUAUGUGCCUGGGUCCUUCUUCGAAGGUGGCUACCCGGCCUACGCAAGUGGAGGUGGCUAUGUCAUCGCAGGGCGCCUGGCACCCUGGCUGCUACAGGCUGCAGCCCGCGUGGCACCCUUUCCCUUCGACGAUGUCUACACCGGCCUCUGCUUCCGUGCCCUGGGGCUGGUGCCCCGGGCCCACCCAGGCUUCCUCACAGCCUGGCCGGCAGAGCGCACUACGAACCGCUGCGCUGUCCGAGACCUGCUGCUGGUGCGGCCCCUCAGCCCCCAGGACAGCAUUCGGCUCUGGAAACAACUGCGGGACCCACAGCACCAGUGCUGA